AUGCGCAGCCCCGCCAUCGUCUUCUCCGUCGUGGCCGUCUCGGCCCUCAGCCCGUCUGUGCUCGGUUCUCCGCUCCCCGCGCACUCGAGCGUCCCCGCCACCCUCGAGCACCGCCGCUCCAGCACCAUGGCCGCGCGCGGCCUCGGAUUCCUGAACGACGUCUUUGCCCGCGCCGACACGCCCGCUGCACCGGCAUCGAAGCCCAAGGUGGCGACGGUCAUGGGCUACAGCAUCGGCGGCCGCGACUUUGUCGAGUUCUGGAAGAAGGACGACGGCGUGUCCAGGGUGAACCCUCCCCACGCAAAGCGCCUCGACGACGGGCAGACCACCGGCGGGAACGCGCACACCGGCACCGCGGGUGCCGUCGACGGCGGCAGCGUCUACACCGGCGACAACGGCGGCAUGCCCACGAUCAUGAACCUCAACUCGAACAACGGCGGGAGCGGCGGUGGGUCGUCGACCGGCUGCGCGAGCGGUGGGCUUGGCGCGACCGGGGGCAACGCCUCGUCCGGCGACAGCGGCUCCGCCACCGGCGGACACGUCAGCGGAUCCGGCGGCAUGAUGAACGUCGACUCGAACAACGCCGGUGAUGCCGGAGAGUCUGCCUCUGGCUGUGCGGAGGCAGGAUACUCGGAAGGCGCGGGUGUCAAUUCUGGAGGUGUUGACCCUGCGGACACAACGGCCUAG